AUGACAUCACGUGUGGCUACGAGAGCAACAACUCCUGCUCCUGAUGAAACGGAAUGUAUGGACAUGCUACAUCCACUGAAAUCCGACAACAAUCUACCUCUCAUCAGUACUACUCCCUCAAUGCCUCCUGUUAUACGAACAACGGAUAGGCCGGUUGUGUUGUACAUGGCGCCAGUGCACAAACUUCAUCACGAAGACAAUGCCACUACAGCAAUAGAUAUUGAUGGAUCAGUACAGAAAAUACAAUUGAAUUAA